AUGGCUGUACAGUUCAGCUUGAAGUCUCUGUGGUAUCUUGAGCAGCAACAGGGCGACCGCACCAAGAAGUUUGGGGCCCGUUUCCCUCUUGCACAACUCAACGAAACUCUACGACCAUGGCAGAGCCCCAUUAUGAGUCCCACCGUCUCGUAUGCAUGGGCACCCGGUAGUUGGGGGCGGAUCAUGCCAGAUGCGUGGGUGGCCGAGCCGUGGUAUGUUCCUUUGUCGCCCACCACCAUGCGGGUGGUCAACGAGCUGGAGUGCUAA